AGUUACAGAUUCAUCCUCCAUUCUUUUUUUUUUUUUGUAAAAAAAAAUUGGGAACAAACCCAUCUCCUCAUUCCAUAUCUAUGUCUCUUUAUUUCACUCUGUUGUUACUUUUGGCUUAUACCCGUAUCAUGUUUUGACAUACAUGUCACAUUUUUGCAGUCAAUUUUUAAUCUUUGGUGACCCAUAUAUCUGUUUCUGCUGGAUACCCAAAAUUAUUAGCACUCACUGCCCACCCAGGAACGGUACAUCCUAAAGUGACAAACCCUCCCUCGAUUGAAGCUGACAUGUGGAAUGAUCAAUGAUUAUGUGCACUUUAAACUGCUCUAGAAAUUUUAUUUGAAUCAUGGAAGUGCUUCCUUGUUCUGGUGUUCAGUAUGUUGGUGAUUCUGAUUGUUCUCAACAGAGUUCAGGAGCAGAUGUUGUUUACAAAACAGAAUCUAAUGACUGCUUUGAAAAGAGAAAACUAGUUCAAGUGCAGAAUGACAGAACAGAUGAGUUGUUAGAGGAAGGAAAUCCAGAAGAAAGACAGGAUGAUGGUCUGGGGACAAGGGGUGAAUUACGAGUUUCAGAAGCACACCAUUAUGGAUCUUUAUUUAAUGAACAUCAGGUGGAGAGCCAAAUGUUAUCUUCUGGUUCAUGUGAUUUUAAAGAUGAUGAUCGAAAUGCACAGAACUGCUGCUUGGGACCAUGCCUAUCCCCUGUAAACUCUCAUUCUCUUGUGGAUACAGUUGAAAGUGAAUUGCCAAUGAGCAGUAAGGAGGGAGAGUCAACUUCAUCGGAGCCCAAGUGGCUAGGAAAUAAUGAAUCUGUGGCAUUGUGGGUCAAGUGGAGAGGGAAAUGGCAGGCAGGAAUCAGAUGUGCGAGGGUUGACUGGCCAUUAUCUACUUUAAAAGCAAAACCAACUCACGACCGGAAGCAAUAUUUUGUGAUAUUUUUUCCUCACACCAGGAAUUAUUCUUGGGCAGACAUGCUGCUUGUCCAAUCUAUUAAUGAGUUUCCAGAGCCUAUUGCAUAUCGGAGUCACAAAGUUGGACUAAAAAUGGUUAAAGAUUUGACAGUUGCAAGACGGUACAUAAUGCAAAAGCUAGCUGUUGGAAUGCUGAAUAUAGUUGACCAGUUUCAUUCUGAGGCCUUGAUAGAGACAGCUCGUGAUGUGAAUGUUUGGAAGGACUUUGCUAAGGAGGCUUCGCAUUGCAAUGUUUAUCCAGAUCUUGGAAGGAUGCUUUUGAAGCUUCAAAGGAUGAUAUUGCAGUCCUACAUAAACUCUGAUUGGUUAAAGAACUCUUUUCAUUCUUGGGUGCAACAUUGUCAAAAUGCACAGAGUGCUGAAUCUAUUGAAUUGCUAAAGGAGGAGUUGUUUGAUUCUAUUCUGUGGAAUGAGGUCAGGUCACUUUGGGAUGCACCUGUUCAGCCCACAUUGGGUUCUGAGUGGAAAACCUGGAAGCAUGAAGUUAUGAAAUGGUUUUCAACAUCUCAUCCUAUAUCCACUGCAGGAGGUAUAGGGCCAAGAGGCAGUGAUGGUUCCUUGAAUGCUCAAGUUAGCCAGAAGAGGCCUAAGCUUGAAGUUCGUCGUGCAGAGACACAUGCUUCCCAGGUGCAAACCAAUAAUUCAGAUCAAACCAUGACUGUUGAGAUUGACUCUGAUUUUUUUAGUAGUCGAGAUACUGUAAAUGCCAAUUUGUCAACAGCAGAACUUAUUAAAGUGGGAGAUUUUAUGAAGGACUCCACACAGACAGAUGUGUCAAAUGGUUCAACUGGCAGAUGGGAUGGAAUUGAGGUUAAAGCAGGGAAUUCUGAGCUCAUCAAAAACGUCAAUUUUGAAGUGACUACAGUGAAUGAAGAGGGUAAAAGUUCCAUGGAUCUGCAGAUCCACAGAACAGAUGUGGAUUUGACACCUGUUAAUGAAGUGGUUCCUAAGAAAUCCUUAGAUGCUGGGAAUAAAAACCGGCAAUGUAUAGCAUUUAUAGAGUCUAAGGGAAGGCAGUGUGUGAGGUGGGCAAAUGAUGGUGAUGUUUACUGUUGUGUGCACUUGGCCUCUCGUUUCACAGGUAGCUCUGCAAAAACAGAAGGGACACCCUCUAUUGAUACACCAAUGUGUGAAGGUACCACUGUUCUUGGUACAAGGUGUAAGCAUCGUUCCCUUUAUGGCUCUUCAUUCUGCAAGAAGCACAGACUCAAAAAUUAUAGUAAUAGCACCCAUAACUCUCUAGAUCAUGCACCUAAGCGGAAGCAUGAGGAGAUUAAUCCUAGUUCAGAAACCCCAAGUCGCAGAGACAUAGUUUUGCUAAAAGAUGGUGAAAGCCCCUUACAAGUAGAACCAGUGUCAAUACUGGAAUCCGAUGCCUUCCAUGGAAGCAACAAUCUAAUUGAGAAGCCUGAGCAUCCUAUUAAAGAUUGUAAUAUCACUCAAAUACAUCAUUGCCUAGGCUUGUAUUCACAAAGUGGUUUCCAUUCAUGUCAUGAAAAUCCAAAGCGGUAUUCACUGUACUGUGAUAAACACCUUCCAAGCUGGCUUAAGCGGGCAAGGAAUGGUAAGAGUAGGAUAGUAUCAAAAGAAGUGUUUAUAGAUCUUUUGAAGAACUGUUGUUCUCUUGAGCAAAAAUUGCACUUGCACCAAGCAUGUGAGCUUUUCUACAAGCUCUUUAAAAGUAUUUUAUCCCUUAGAAACUCAGUUCCUAUGGAAGUCCAACUUCAGUGGGCCCUUUCUGAAGCAUCAAAGGAUUUUGGUGUUGGGGAAAUUUUAUUGAAAUUGGUCAGCAGUGAAAAGGAGAGACUUGAACAAUUAUGGGCUUUCAGUUCCAAAGAAGGUGCACCAAUGUCCCCUGUUAAGGAAGAAUCAGUUCCAUUGCCAUCAGGCAUCAACGGAAGCUGUGACAAUGAGGAGACCAUUAGGUGCAAAAUCUGUUCUGUGGAAUUUCUUGAUGACCGAGAGCUUGGCAGCCACUGGCUAGAAAACCAUAAAAAAGAAGCACAAUGGUUUUUUAGAGGUUAUGCUUGUGCAAUCUGCUUGGAUUCUUUUACUAACAAGAAAGUUUUGGAAUCCCAUAUGCAGGAAAGACACCAUGGGCCAUUUGUUGAACAUUGCUUGCUUCUCCGAUGCAUUCCCUGUGGCAGCCAUUUUGGCAAUACUGAACAGUUAUGGUCGCAUGUCCAAUCAAGUCAUUCUGCUGAUUUUAGAUUAUCAAAGGUUAAUGUUGUUCAGCAACCUAAUAUGUCCAAACCUGAGGAGCCUCCAGCUAAAGUUGAGACAUUAAAUAAAGUUUCUACGGAGAAUAAGAAUAGCUCUGAGAAUUCAGGUGGCCUUCGAAAGUUGAUUUGCAGGUUUUGUGGGUUGAAAUUUGAUUUGCUACCUGAUCUUGGUCGGCACCAUCAGGCUGCUCAUAUGGGACCUGGUUUAGUUGGCUCUCGCCCCCUGAAGAAAGGUAUUCGCUAUUAUGCUUAUAAACUAAAAUCUGGGAGACUUAGCCGCCCUCAAUUUAAGAAAGGUCUGGGGGCUGUUUCAUAUCGGAUUAGAAAUAGAGCAACUGCCACAAUGAAGAAACGCCUCCAGGCUUCACAGUUACUUAGCACUGGGGUCAUAAGCGUCCAGCCACAUAUAACUGAGACAGUAAAUCUUGGUCAAUUAGUAGGAUCUCAAUGUUCGGAUGUUGCAAAAAUGUUAUUAUCAAAAAUUCAUAAAGCAAAGCCCCGUCCCAGUAAUGUUGAUAUUUUAUCCAUUGUUCGAACUUCUUGUUGCAAAGUGAGCCUCAAAGCUUCACUUGAGAAGAAGUAUGGAGUGUUACCAGAAAGUGUGUACCUCAAGGCAGCCAAGCUUUGUAGUGAGCACAACAUUCAAGUGGAGUGGCACCGAGAAGAAUUUGUAUGUGCUAAUGGAUGUAAGCUUAUCAAGGAUCCAGAUUUGAUGUCUCCCCUGAUGCCUCUUCUAAAUGGUUUUACAAGGCUCUGCUCAACAGAUUCCUUGGAUCAUGUAAGCAAGGAGUGGGAAUUGGAUGAGUGUCACUUUGUUAUUGAUUCAGAACAUCUAAGACAAUCUCCCAGGCAUAAGACCAGUGUGUUGUGUGAUGAUAUAAGCUUUGGGAAGGAAGCAGUUCCAGUUGCCUGCGUAGUUGAUGAGUGUCUUUUAGAUUCCCUUGGCAUCUAUGGUAAUGGUUCUGGUGGCGAAAAUGCUCUAUCCAUGCCUUGGAAGAGUUUUACUUAUGUUACGAAACCAUUGCUUGAUCAAUCUCUUGAUCUUGAUAAUGAGAGCUUACAACUGGGUUGUGGCUGCUCACAUUCAACAUGCAGUCCAGAAACAUGUGACCACUUUUAUCUCUUUGAUAAUGAUUAUGAAGAUGCUAGGGACAUAUAUGGGAAACCCAUGUGUGGAAGAUUUCCUUAUGAUGACAAAGGGCGGAUUAUCUUGGAGGAGGGUUACCUUGUAUAUGAAUGCAAUAGCAUGUGCAGUUGCAAGGGAACAUGUCCAAAUAGGGUUUUGCAGAAUGGAGUACGAGUGAAAUUAGAAGUCUUUAAAACCAAAAAUAAGGGUUGGGGAGUAAGGGCACGUGAGACAAUCUUGCGGGGCACAUUUGUAUGUGAGUACGUUGGUGAGAUUUUGGAUGAGCAUGAGGCAAACAAGAGAUUUACAAGGUAUGGUAGAGAAGAUUGCAGCUAUAUGUAUAACAUUGACUCUCAUAACAAUGAUAUGAGCAGAUUGAUUGAAGGGCAGAAUCGAUUUGUAAUUGAUGCUACCAAGUGUGGAAAUAUUUCUCGUUUCAUCAAUCAUAGCUGCUCACCAAAUCUUGUGAAUCAUCAAGUUCUUGUGGAGAGCAUGGAUUGUCAUCGUGCUCAUAUUGGUCUCUAUGCAAGUCAAGAUAUAGCCCUCGGUGAAGAAUUGACUUGUGAUUUUCGGUAUGAGCUACUACCUGGAGAUGGAUAUCCAUGCCAGUGUGGAGCUUCCAAGUGCCGGGGUCGCGUUCACUAAAUUGUUAGUCAGCUCCACUGUGUUCUCUACAGCAUACAGACUUUCAGGUUCUAUUAAAAAAUGAGAAUGCUCGACUCUAGGAUGGAUUAUUCGUACAUGCUUCCAUUGAAUUGAAUCGGUCACAAAGCUGAGGGGAUAUUCCUACUUACUAGGCUGUCGUUCUUGCAUAAAGCUGUUGUCAGUAAACUGGCAAAAUGCUUUCUUAUGGUGGUAAAGUGUAUGAUUUUAAUGACAAGCCGUAAAUGGAUGAAAAUUUGCUGACUACUAGGCUGAAUUUGUUUUAUGUAUUUAUUUAUAUUGUCCCGCAAUAUUUUUGAGCCCGAGGUGGUUUCUAGGCAUAGGUAGAUUUUUUUCUUUUUUGCAUUGUUCACAGUUCUUAGGUAGGUUAGCAUAGCAUGAAAAACAGAGAGGUAGUUCUUUGUGAUGCAUAAAAUGGUAGUGUUCAAAACUACAUUAUUUAUGAUGAUACCGUCUGGUGUUUUUUAUUUUCUCCUUCAAUGUAUAGAAGUUUGAGUAAUCCCUUAAAAUCGCUUUGCUUCAAUACCAGUCUCCCUUUUUUA